UCGGUCUCCCAGAACUGGAGGUUGUGCUCGACGGCGGCUCAGCGGAGGCUCGAGUUUGGGAACACAAUCGCGCCACAACCCACGACGGCAUUGAGUAUAAAUGUCGCUGACAACCAUGCCAGCGCACCGAUGCCUUCAUUGAAGUUCUUAUGGAUGUGGAACAUGGUUUAAUCAUCGCCAUGUCUACGUAUGGGGCAGAAUACAGGGGCGCACUAAAGAACACUCCCGUCACCGUGCUACCAAAGCUCAAGAAUCUAUUCGACAUAGUGUACCUCGACUACGAGCAUCUGGCUGCGGAGAAGAAAGUACCAGUGAACCGUCUGAAGUACUACCUCGUCGACAAUAUCAAGAACGUGGCGACCAAGGCUGCGGUCGACUUCGCUCUGAAGUUUGAACUUACAGAAUCGGAAUGCCAGGCGCACACGUGGGAACAGCGAGAUAUUUUCUACCCCGAAGAUGAUGGCUACAAAGCGCUGAUCGCAAGUCCAAGUGGGCGCAGUGCCGCACUCUUACUCGCCACCCACAAGAAAGUAUUCGGCGAGCGGAGGAUUGUCGAGAGCAUUACGUUCUUUUGCCAGAGCGACGACUUCGACUCCUUCAAUCUGCUCUUCACUAUCAAGGACCAUGACGAGGAGGAGGACGAUACCGACUGGGAGGAUGAGGAGGAGUCUGAAGAUCCUGGACAACCGGACUUUUCGGUCUCGCCCUGGCCGAGUGCGACGGCAGCAGUUCGUUGAAGCUCUAGUGCCUGGUACUUGUUUUCAAAGUCCGAAAGUACCAGUUCUUCCAUUGUUGC